GCUAUAAAGUUUGUGAGGUUAGGUGCACACCGAGGAUGAUUCUCUGAAGCUGCCAGAAAACACGAAGAAAAUGCAGAAUUUUCCACAGAACACUGCCCAAAUGGUGAAGAGAUCCAUUCAGGGGACACUGAGGAGGUAUUUUUUGUCUCCAAAAAGAGAAAAAUCUACAGAAAACAAAGAUAAAAGAGCACAAACAAUUAGGUCACUGAACUAUGAAAACAAAGCAAUGUUUGGGGCAGUUUUGCGGCGUUCCAAGAAAUCCCAGGUUAGCCGGACAGCUUCUGAGAUUUCAGAGAAAUCUUCAGAAUUCUUCUGGAUGAUGCAGAAGAAACAAAAGACUGAAAAGAUCACUGGGAAUUUAACAAAUACACCAAGUAGACCUUCUCUGCCUGACAGUCUCCUGGAUCUCCAGCAGAAUCUGCCACCACAGCCAAAAAUUCCACGUAAAUCACCAAAACCUCCAAUACACAAUACACAAACUAUCCCAUUUGAUUCGACAACUCUCAAGGAACUCGUAGAUAUUCCUUUAGUUUUCAACAAAAAGCACUCAAUUCAGAAACAAUCCCCUCAUGACAUCCUGAAACUUCCAUCCGUGGGCAGAGUACUUCAAGCCACAAUGCCUGAAGCCUCCAGAGAAGCUCUGAUGCGAUGGAAAGUCCUGAAGAUUGCAGAAUUGGGCGAAGAGGGCUUCCGGAAGCUCAAUGAGAGACACUUGAGUGAAGGUGCUCGUCUGCAUGGGUGGAUUGAAGAAUUUUUCAGUACAGGAAAAUCUCCUGAAGAUGCAGAAUUUGAAGGUGGAUGGAAGAGUGUACAGGGAUUUUUAGGCAAAGUACAGCCUAAAAUUGUAGAAGCAAAAAUAUCUCAUCCCUUCCUGAAGUACCAUGGAAUUGUGGACUGUGUGUCUCUUGUUGAUUCUGAAUUGCAUGUGAUCGAAUGGAAAAAGUCAGAGAGAAUGAAACCAAAUCUAGCUGAUACAUUUGAUGCUCCUCUUCAAUUGGCAGCCUAUCUGGGUGCAGUGAAUGCUACCCUUCCGGCUCAUGGAUUAACAACACCUGUCCUACGGGGGGCUGUUGUUGUGAUCUAUACAGACGGAACACCUGCUCAUGUUCACUUACUUGGCAACAGCGACGUGAGAUUCUACUGGCGUGCCUGGUUGCUUCGACUGCAAGAGUUCUGGGUACGUUCCAGAGAUGGAACUCUUCCAGAACCUAUUUAGCAUUUGGUUCAUUCUUGAAGCCCUCUAGGUAGGAAUCUGUAAAUUUUCUGUAGUAAUAAAUGUUAAGACUUCUUGUGCCCCCUUA